GUGUUUGUGGAGGAGGUGCUGCAGAACAGCGCCCCCUGUGGUGUGUUAUUUUCUCCACAUUCUCCCCCCACUCCUCCUCCACCUCCUCCUUCAGUUGCACUCUGUCUGGCAUCCUCCUCCUCCUCCUCCUCCCCAGCAGCAGCAGCGGGCUCUCCUCAGACAUGGAGAGCUGGUAGAGGCGCAGCAGCUCUCUCCGCCUCUCCUCUGUGGAUGUUGGACGUCCUACCAUGUCUGCGCGGCUCCGGGCGGCUCCGUACCUCCUCCUCCUCCUCUUCACCGCCUCCUGCCGGCUGUGUGCCGCCGCCCGACACGGUUGUUUAUUUGAGAAGAAGCUCUGUUCCAGAGACCAGCUGUGCAGCGAUGACGGGCUCUUCGGACAGUGCCAGGAUCCUCUCCAGGAGGCUGCCCGGUACCAAGUGUCAAUCCCGGUUCUCCGCAGGCUGCAGGAGGUCCUCAAGGACCUGAUGGUGCAGGGUCUGACCUGGAAGGAUGAUGUGACCCAAAAGGUCAUCAGCCGAGAGCUGAGAAAUGUUCCCACCCUUCGCCCCAAACUCCCCGACAAGUCACCCAAACAAGCUCCUGCAGACCCAGCAGACCCAGAGAUGAUGAAGCAGUACCUGGACUACAUGGUCCUGAGCUCCCCCCACAUGGACUCCUACUCCUACCACAAGCAGCCGCAGUUCGGUUACCAGGACGACGAAGAACGCUCGCUUAAUUCUCUGGAUGAGAACCCGUCCUUCGCUCGCUCCGGACCAGCAGGGAACUCCCUGGAUCGGGACCGGCAGCUUCUGCAGGACCUGCUGGUGUCCUACCUCACCGAGCCCUCUUCCUCGUCUUCAUCUUCCUCCUCCUCACCCUCUCAGUCCCUGUCGCUGCACAGAGCGCCGGUUGGAGCGGCUUCCUCGCUCUCUUCCUCCUCGCCCUUUUUUGCAGAUCUGGACUUCCCGCUAGAUUAUGGCGAGGAUUAUAUUUCCCAGGUCGCACAGCUCAGCAAGCAGGCUCCCCGGGAGCAGAUGGAGAAGAAGGUUCAGAAUGAGCAUGACAUCCUGUCCGGACUAGACGAGCGCUCCCUGCAGAGGCUGGCUCUGCUGCUGGACCGCUAUGGUCUCGACCUGAAAGAUCUGUCUGCAGAGAAGGACGAAGGCCCCGCGGCUCUGAAGCAGCUGCAGCUGGACAGCUCCUACGGCCAAAAACCAAACAAAAUUAAAAAUGGGAAUGACGCUACAGGGAAGAAGGUCACAGAAGGCUCCAUGUCCUACAAAACCGUCGCCCAGGCAACGUCAGCCUCCACGGGUGAACCAAACCAGAAGCAGUUCGUACCCUCUAAGGAGGAGAAGCAGGGAGGAGGAGGUUACACCGUCACCAACCAAAGGAUAAAUUCUGCAUCCCGGCUCACCGUCUGUCUGUUCUGCUUUUUCCUGGUCUGCAGUGCGGCCGGAAAAGCCGUUGCCUUCGAUGUCCGACCAAACUCCAAGAACCUGACGACAGCAGACACAGCCGACAAAGCAAAUGCUGGGAAGAACUUCUUGGCGUCUGACACAAGCUUAAAUGUUCUGCAGAGUGGCGUUGGCGAGACUGAAGGGAAGGCGUUGCCCUUAGCAACCAGAGUCCAGCCUGGUUCCCGCUGGCUCUUUACCACCCUUGUGCCCAUGGCCUGCAUCGGCGGUAUCGUGGUGGCAGGAAUGACCAUCGCCUGUCUCCGUCACCACGCCCACCGGCUGGCAGCGAAAAAGCUGGGUCUGGGACCGGAGGGCGGUAGCUUCACCCAUCAGGAAUACCAGGACCUGUGUCGCCAGCACAUGGCCUCCAAGAGUGCCUUUGGGCGCCUGGAGGCUGACGCUCUGGGCGCCGUGGGGGGAGCCAGCGGGGGAGGUGGUGGAGGAGGAGGAGGGGCAGGAGGAGGAAGUGGAGUUGGGGCAGGAGGUGCCGUGGGAGGAGGUGCUGACUCCAGGGUAAGCAGCGUUUCGUCCCAGUUCAGCAACGGAGCUCAACCCAGCCCCAGUUCCCACAGCAGCACGCCAUCCUGGUGCGAGGAGCCAGCACAGGCUAACAUGGACAUCUCCACUGGUCACAUGAUUCUGGCUUACAUGGAGGAUCACCUGAGGAACAAAGACCGUCUGAUGAAGGAGUGGGAAGCUCUGUGCUCCUACCAGGCUGAACCCAGCGCCGUCUCUGUGGCUCAAAGUGAAGCGAACGCCAAGAAGAACCGCAUCCCUGAUUCAGUACCCUAUGAUCACUCCAGAGUGAAGCUGAAAGCGGAGAUCAACCCCUCACGGUCAGACUACAGACUACAUUAAUUACACCAUUGUGAGUCUAUUGAACACGACCCGCGCAUGCCGGCGUACAUCGCCACGCAGGGACCUCUGUCUCAUACCAUCUCAGACUUCUGGCAGAUGGUGUGGGAGAACGGCUGCACCGUCAUCGUGAUGAUGACUGCUCUGGUUGAGGAUGGAGAGAAGCAGUGCGAUCGCUACUGGCCUGAUGAAGGCUCGUCCCUCUAUCACAUCUAUGAGGUGAACUUGGUGUCCGAGCACAUCUGGUGUAAUGACUUCCUCGUGCGCAGCUUUUACUUGAAGAACGUGCAGACGCAGGAAACGCGCACGCUCACACAGUUCCACUUCCUGAGCUGGCCUGCACAGGGCAUUCCGACCUCCACGCGCCCCCUACUGGACUUCCGCAGGAAGGUGAAUAAGUGCUACAGAGGCCGGUCCUGCCCCAUCAUUGUGCACUGCAGUGACGGCACAGGCCGGACCGGGACUUACAUCCUGAUUGACAUGGUUUUGAACCGCAUGGCUAAAGGUGUGAAAGAGAUCGACAUCGCUGCAACACUGGAGCAUGUGCGGGACCAGAGACCCGGGAUGGUGCGCACUAAGGACCAGUUUGAGUUCGCUCUGACUGCAGUGGCUGAGGAGGUGAACGCCAUCCUCAAAGCUCUGCCCCAGUGAACCCAGAAUCAUCCAGAUUCGCUCCUGUGAGGGGACUGAACCAUCACCCCUCCUCCCUUAUUCACACCUUUUGACCUUUCCUCCUCUGUACAUGGAUGAGAAGUGAUGCUUCCUCCUGCAUGUCACCUAAACUUCAAACCAAAGUGCUGAAAAAAAAAUACAGGUCAAGAAGAGUUUGGAAAAUCCUGGAGGAAUUAACCAGUGUCUAAAUCACGGAGUGUUGAUUUAUAAAGUUUCCAAAUCAAAUUGGAAGUACAAAUUCUGCUUCAUGAUACUUAAAAAAAAGAAAAAAGAAAUUUACAUGUUUUCUGUGUACCACUCAAGCAUUUUCAAUCUCUGGGUAUGUCGUCAUUUACCUCAUGCAAGAUAAAAAAAUUGAAAAAAAAAAGCUUAAUUUGUAUUUGUGACAGCUGAAAUAAAUCUUUUGGUGUUUAAGUGCUGCAACAA